AUGCAAUUAUCCCUCCCCAGCCUGGGAGAUCGGCCCAACAUGUUCGGAAAAAGGAGAACAUCCCGGAAACCAGACGAAUCGUUUAUUCGUGACUUCCAGAGACAGUUUGGGAGUAUAGCCACCCGAUCUUACUCACCGCAGACUCCCUUGAGGGACCCUGCCGACCAGGCGGUGCCUCAGGACGCUGAUGCCGCCGACCACGUGCCCAAGACGGAGAGUAUGUCGGUGGACCACAGCCCCGUCAACUUUCUGUCGCCCAUCACCCGCCAGAACUGCUCCUGCAACGUCCUGGGCAAUCGGAUGUGUACUGUCUUGCACAGUCCGGCUGGUGAUUUGCACACCCCGGCUCACGAGUGCAAUGCCCCGACCACUCCCUGGACCUGGAACCGGACAUCCAACUUGGAUCCCAAUCAUCAGUUGGACGGGGUGUCAAUUAGUGAUCCCACUCAGUAUGAUUCUAAUCCCAACCCUCUGCACAGCAUAAACCCCUUUUUAUCAGAACUCACCAAUUCCCCUCAACCUAUUCCUCGCCGUCACUCCGAGUAUGACUCCCUAGGUCUAUUGUCUCAAGGCAACCUCUUCCAACAAGGUACGUUAGACCCGUUGCUGGGGGCUCCGUCCCAUUUGGAUACCUUGAUGGGAGUAGCCUCUGACUCGACAGACAAUGCACCGAACCAUGGACCAUUACAUGGGCCCCUUCCCCAUGACACCGAUGGCCUCUUUAACAACCACCAGCCUAGAUCUCAGGAGUCACCGACUCUGCGAUACCGAGUGACUCUGCAUGCGCCCACGGCCACUUUCAACCAGACGCGGGAGAUUCCCGUCACCUACCUGAAUCGGUGUCAGCCGUAUCUGAUAUCCGUCACGGACACGAGACCACCAUCAUUCCGCGUCCAGACCGCUCGAUACCGCACGUACGUUCGCAUUUCAUUCGACAACGCGGCCCAGCGAGAGGACCCGGUCGGUUCGUGGCGACUCUGGCGAGACGGUCGGGGCCUCAACGAAGCGCGUAAACGAGACGGGAAGCUGUCCGCGGUGGAAUUCGUCAAUGUCCGUAACGACGGGUUCCGGGAAGAGGGCGCUGCCCACGUCGAGCUGCAGAGCACCUCGUUUGACGGCUUUUGCGUGCAGUGGACGGUCGAACCGCACGCUGUUCGCGUCGGCUGCGAGAUGCACGUCGCCUUCAAUUGUCUGUCCACGGACUUCAGUCUUUCCAAGGGCGUCAAGGGUGCACCUUUGCGGCUGUGUGCCAAAACCGAGCUGGUCUCGCAGGGCUUGAUUCAGCAGCCUGGUGCCCCGGGCAGUACGGAGAUCUGCUACUGCAAGGUGAAGGUGUUCCGUGACCAUGGCGCUGAGCGAAAGCUGUCGAACGACACGAUUCACCUGCGACGGGCGAUCCGGAAGAUGGAGGAGAAGAUCUCCGAGGCCGAGUUCUACAAUACCAAAGCGCCGGGAAAGAAGAAACGCGUGCGCGUCCCACUGCCCUCGCGAGCGUCAGAGCAGUUGUUGGAAUCGGUGGACGCCGAGCCCAGCAGCAGCCGAGUGCCUCGUCGAGCGCACAGCUUCUCGAACGGAGAAGACCUCUACCAGGAGUUGUUUGACCUACGCAAAGUCCUUUCGUCCUCGCAGCCGACAAGCGUGCUCUCGCUGCGUGGCAAUGACCAGGAUGAUCCGGACCAGUUUCCGGUCGAGUUGUCGAGCGGCACGUCGAGUCCAAAGCCGCCUGCACGGUCCGCCACACAGAGCGAACUGCCGUCGGAGAUGAAUACCGACAAUGAAUGGAUGGAGAUGCUGCAGGACCAGGGCGACGAGGAAGCGUAUAGUGCGUACCAGUCGCCUGCCCUGGCGGCACGUUCGAACAUGCAGACACCAGCCACCGACCCCGGAGGCGGAGGGCAGGCGACGCUCGAGAACGUGCCGAUUCGUAGUCGGGACGGUGUUCACGGGAAAGCAAUUGCAUGCUUCUAUGUCCUGUGCCGAGUCGACGGCCAGAUCGACGAGUACUAUCGCGCGUUAUAUCUGAUGGAACGAACGGUGUCGAAUUUGAAACGUCAGCUCUCCAAAGUCCACGAUACCGCCCCCGAGCGCAUCGCGCGUCUUCUUCGCGUGAACCAGGCCGGCCUGCGCAUCAUGAUCGACGAUACCGUUGUUGGCGAGAUACCCGAGGGACAGGAUAUGAUUGCGGAAUUCCGACCGGGCGACGGCAGCAGGAUCUCAGCAGAUGAUUUCGAAGUCUCCCUGUUCUUCUGA